AUGAAAAUUCCAAGAACGGAAGCCAAGCUAAAACGGAUUACUUUGGGAGUAUACUGCGGUUCAAAAAUUGAAGUUGGGAUUUUGAUGGCUGAGGACGAAGGUAGUGGUCUGCAUAAAGGUUUUGGAUUUGUUAUUUUCAAAGACAGCGAGAGUGUACUGAGGGCUAUUGCUAAUGGACCCCAUGUAAUUGACGGCGAGGAGUUGAGUUUCAAAAGUUUUUUUUGA